AUGCUUUUUAAAGAGACCCUCGCUGUCAUUUUUCUGUGGGCGGUGUUCCCCGUCGACGGCAGGGAAUCCCGGGGCCACAUUUCUGUCGUCCUCCUGGGUGCCACGGGGGAUUUGGCCAAAAAAUACCUGUGGCAAAGCUUGUUCCAGCUUUACGUCGACGAAGCGACGAACGGGCACACGUUUACUUUCUAUGGGGCCGCUCAGAAGGAGCCCGAGGUGGGGCGGAAGCAGAUGUUUGAUCCCUUGAGAAACCUGGCCUGCUCCCCGGAGGUGCCUCCCAACAGAUGCGCGGUGUUAAAGGACCAGUUCUUGAAAUUGACGGAGUACCACCAGCUCAAAGGGGAAGACGACUACGCCCGUCUCAACCAGGGUAUUCAAACCAGCCUGGCUCAGGAGGAACUGGUGGAAACCGGGCGCAUCUUUUACCUGUCCGUGCCGCCGUUCGCCUACGCCGAAAUUGCCCGGCACAUUAACAGCAGCUGCAGGCCGCCUUCGGGUGCCUGGCUGCGCGUGGUGCUGGAGAAACCGUUCGGCCACAAUUUGCUCUCGGCGCAACAGCUGGCAGAAGAGCUCGCCGCCGUCUUCCGCGAAGAGGAGAUUUACCGGGUGGAUCAUUACCUGGGGAAGCAGGUGGUGGCUCACAUUUUACCCUUCCGGAAUCAAAACCGAGAAAAAUUGGACCCACUCUGGAAUCGCCAUCAUGUGGAACGCGUGGAAAUUGUUCUGAAAGAAACUGUGGAUGUCAAAAAUCGCACAGAGUUUUACGAGCAGUAUGGCGUCCUCCGCGACAUGCACCAGAACCACCUGACCGAAAUCCUGAUGUGUCUCGCCAUGGAGCUACCCGCCAACCUCACCAACUCGGAAGAAGUCCUCCGGAGCAAGCUCGGGGCUUUCUCCAGCUUGCGAAGCUUGGAAAAAAACAGCGCCGUGAUUGGCCAGUACGCGGCAUACAGCACCCAUGUGAGGGAGGAGCUUCAGAAGGGGCAGGACUAUUUCACCAAGACGCCAACAUUUGCAGGGGUCCUCGUUCAUUUGGACAAUCUACGCUGGGAAGGGGUACCGUUCGUCCUGACGUCCGGCAAAGUCCUCGACGAGCGGGCCAGCUACGUCCGCAUCCUGUUCAGAAACCAGGCGCACUGCGUCCAGACCGAGAGUGCCUGGGAGGCCGGACGCAGCUAUUGCAAGCCGAAACAGAUCGUCUUCUCCAUUGGGGGCGGAGAGCUGAAUUCACCCGCGAUCCUGGUUAGCCGCAACCUCUUUCGGCCGGCCAUGCCCCGCGGCGCCUGGAAAGAGUUCUCGGACCGCCCACAGCUCCGCCUUUGGGGCCAAAGUCUCUCCGAUUAUCACGUCUACGUCCCCGCUACCCAGCGGGACGCUUAUCCCUUCCUGCUCUCGGCGAUCUUCCACGGGAGGAAGGAAUCCUUCAUCACCACAGAGAAUUUGCUGGCCUCAUGGGCCUUUUGGUCCCCGUUGCUGGAUCAGCUGAGCCGCGAAUUGCCCCGCCUGUAUCCCGGAGGCCCAGAAAACGGGGCCCUGUUAGAUUUUGAGAUGAUUGGCAAGGAAGUGGCUUUUCUAACUAGAGAGACUCUGGAGGUGAUCGACGCUGAGAAUAAACACACCGCCAACCAAUUCCAGACCUUGCUCUCCUCCUUUCGGGAGAGCCGGUUGGUUACUGCCUGGCCUGACGACCUCGUCGGCCGCCUGGCAUCCGACAUAGAGACCACGGCGCUCGACGCCAUCCGGCGGCGCGGCGAGUUCCACUUGGCGCUUUCUGGCGGCUCAAGCCCCUUGGCCUUGUUCCGGCAACUCAGCAGGCAUCACUACGGCUUUCCGUGGAAGCAGACUCACUUAUGGAUGGUGGACGAGCGCUGCGUCCCGCUGGCCGACCCGGAAUCGAAUUUCGGGCACCUCCACCAUCACUUGCUCCGGCACAUCCGCAUCCCUUAUUUCAACAUCCACCCGAUGCCCGUGCACCUGAACCGGAGGCUCUGCGUGGAAGGCGACCGAGGGCCGGAGCUUUACACCAACGAGAUCGGGGCCUUGGUAGCCAACUCCAGCUUCGACCUGAUUCUCCUGGGAAUGGGCACUGACGGGCACACGGCUUCUCUCUUCCCCUACUCGGCCGGCCUUGAAGGAGACCAGGACGUCAUCUUCGCCGAGAGCCCCGCCAAACCACACCAGCGUAUGACGGUCACUCUGUCACUUAUCAACAAAGCCAGACAAGUGUCCAUCUUGGUGAUGGGGAAGAGCAAACACGAGACGGUCUCGAUUGUCAGCCGGUCAGGAAACGACGCCGAGAAGUGGCCAAUAUCGGGGGUGAAGCCCCAAAAAGGCCAAAUAUCCUGGUAUAUCGAUUACGAAGCCUUAAUGGGGUGAUUCUUUCUCAAACUGGGGGUUCCCCCCUUUAACCUGGCGUUACUCAGCAGAAAUCCUUCAGGGUAUGGUGUGAAAAUUGUCUGGGGGACGAAUUGAGGGGGCAAAAAAAUUACUCAAUGGACCACCGCUCUUCAGGUUGUUUUUCUUCCCAUUAAAUUGUCUUAGUAACAGCCAAGCCAGGUUUUCUCACCACCCAGGAAGUGGCCUAAUUCCCUGCUCAUCUCUCAGGUUUGUGUAAAGCUUCAUUGAAAGAACAUCCAAUGUUUGGUGGCUGCUUCCUCUUCCCUUUAUUAAUUUAUCUAAUUCUUGUUAAUUGAGCCGUCGGAGGUGGCAUUCAUUACCGCACCUUGUGGCGCUGAGUUCCACUGGCUGAGGUUGCUUUUCAAGUGGGAAAUCGAGAAAGAGGUAGGAAAUAUUUUAUAAAGUUCUUUCCUACCUUCCUAGUCAAGGAACAAGUUUGCUGUGUGCCUCAGUUUCUCCCCCCCCCCUCGGGCAUUAUUUAAACAACCUCAGGAAGCUUUCAAGUGGAAAAUUGGGAGAGGUAGGAAAUAUUUUUUUUUCCAGUUCUUUUUUCUACCUUCCCAGUCGAGGAACAACUUUGCUGUGUGCCUCAGUUUCCCCCUUUGGGAGUCAUUUAAACAACCUACCUCGCAGAACUACCUGCCAUUCAAUCCCAGGUAAAAAAGUAUACAGAAAUCGACUGCCAGAAAUUCAGUUUUGAGAUAAAAAUUAGUUUAACUGAGCGGGUUUAUCGAUGUUCAGCUGUGGGCCAACAUCAGGCUCUUUUUGUGUAUAGAAAAAGGCAGGUUGGUUUUGACCUGUAGAGGUUGGGCUGAAUUCCCCCCCAAAAAAAAUUGCACUUCUAAGCAGACAAAAUGUUGCUAACUUUUCUGGUGUCCCUCCAAUUCAAAUCAGCAUAAUUCUGCUCUGGAUCGGAGAUUUUAUCUUGCAAUCUAGUUUUGAUUUGGUGUCAAACGAGUUGCUGAAACUGACUUGGGGCAACUGGUGGAAAAAAAAUAUAGAGAAAUAUAAUUUUACCACCAGGUGGUGCCCUUUCCUAAUUCUGGAUAGAAUGUUUUGCAAAAAAAAAAAAAAACAGAAACAGCAAACAACAGACGGUGGGGGAUGAUAGGGAUUGUAAUCCUUGAAGCCCAGAGGGCAGCAAUUUAUAGAAGGGUACACUAGCAUAAAAAAAAAAAUGGGACAAACCAUGUUUCUUUUUCUGAAUUUAAACUAGAGAUGGUUGAAGUUUGAUGGAAUUAUUGCAAUAAUCAGAAAGUGCCUUAAAGAGCUGUUUUCCUGCUAGGGUGUUUUCAAACAUGGCCACUUUAAGGGGUGUGGACUUCAAAUCCCAGAAUUCCCAAGCCAGCCUGGAGAAUUCUGGGAGUUGGGCGGGUCCACACCCCUUAAAGUGGCCGUGUUGAAAAAAAAUUCAAUUUAAACCAAUGUUUCCCACGUGUGAUUUUCGAUAACUACUGAUAUUUUUCAACAUCUUCCUGUUUUGUCCAAAACGAUCGAUGUUCAGUAUUUAUACGCCUGAAAUAAGUUGGUUUUUUUUUUAAAUUUUGUACAAGAAAAUUGUAAUAAAUUGUUCGG